AUGUCCGCCUCACCAACAAUUCUUCUCAUUGGCGCUUCACGUGGCCUUGGCUAUGCCAUGGCCGCAGAAUUCCUCCAAAAGGGGUGGAACGUCACCGGCACAGUCCGCGGAGACUCGAGGACAUCACUUCACGAGCUAGCGGAGAACUACAGCGGUCGGGUUGAAAUUGAGACCCUAGAUAUAUGUCAACCAGAUCAAAUCAAGUCGCUCGACAAACGCUUAUCCGGCAAGGUGUUUGACGCCCUUUUUGUGAAUGCCGGUACAACGAACAGUGACCAAACCCAAACAAUUGGAGACGUCUCCACCGAGGAGUUCAUACAUGUCAUGGUCACGAAUGCGCUUAGCCCCAUGCGCGUGGUUGAGGGCUUAGCGCAUCAUGUUGGCCCAACCGGUCUCAUUGGGGUAAUGUCAUCUGGACAAGGAAGCAUCAGCAACAAUGAAACGGGCCAGCGAGAGGUCUAUCGCGGCACGAAGGCGGCGCUCAACAUGUAUAUGCGAAGCUUUGCGGCUCGCCAGCCCUCAUCACGCCCAAUGGUGGUCAUGGCUCCGGGGUGGGUGAAAACCGAGUUGGGAGGCCCCGAUGCUCGACUUACGAUUGAGGAAAGCAUACCAAACUUGGUGAAUGUCAUUAUCGCGAAGAGAGAACGUCCAGGUCUCGAAUACCUUGACUACCUUGGUCGAACUGUGCCUUGGUGA